AUGUCGCUGCAACAAGCAUUUGCCGCACUCAUGCAGUCGCCCGCCCGCGGUCCAGCAGUGCAAGAUGAGCCCUUGACAAGGGAAGCCUACUUGAUCUACGCCUACCUCAAGCGUCUCGGAUACGUCGUACAGAGAGCAAGCAUCGUGGACGCUGUGCGUGCCGCUCCUAUCUCUGCCUCGGCGCUAGCCAAAAAGAACAACAACCAAACAUCACUGGUUUCUACGCCAGCUCAGAACGUGGCAGCGGAGGGCAUCAUCGCGGACCCGCAACGCCCGAUCAAGUUGACGACGAUCCUGGAUGUCUUGCUCUACAUCCCACGACGGAUUAUUCAGCUGGCUGGGGAUGGCAUGAGGGCGUUGGCGAAGAGAGUGCAGUGGGUUUGGGGCAAGACAGUGGGCAGGCUGAUUGCGAUGAUCGGUAUUGCUGCGACCAGGCUCUUGAGCGAUAAAGCGGCAAAGAGGGCGACAGUGGGUAGUUUGGGUCUUGGGCUAGGCCUGCGUAGUGCACAGCAACAGGACGGACGGCGAUUCUUGGGUGACAAGGGCGCCGUGGAGUGGGACAGCUACGACGCGGUGUUUUCGUCGCUGCAGAUCGUCCCUUCAGGACACGACUUUUGGCUGCCUUCCGACUCUUCCCCUCCUAAGCACCAAUCAACAGCAGCUGUUGCUGCAAGCGAAACGAUACAACAUCCACCCGAAUCGCUAUCACGACCUCGAAACACCAGCCUACAGCCCUUCUACUACGCCUGGCGACCGGCGACUCUCUACCGCAAAUCGCACCCGCCACCACCCGAGUUCCGUAUCGUUAUCCUCAACGCGCGCACCACGCCCGUACCUUCUGUCUGGCAAUUCGAGUCGAUCUUUGCUCAGAUUCCCAUCCCGGGAUCGGACCAGGAGCUGUUUGGGGCCGCUGCCGCUGCCGCCUCCACGACGUCUGACGGUGCAUCACAAGGCGGAGAUGGCGGUGUGGAAGGCAAGGGAAUGACCGAGGAGCAGGUGAGGGAGAGAGUCGAGUACGAAAAGAAGCUCAAGGCGUCUAACGAGGCCAAGAACCGUGCGGCGUAUGGCAAGUUUAGCGAGGGCAAGCAGAAGCAUCUGCGCGAAAAGGCGACCGCUAGACAGGCCUUGGCUGCUCAGAGACGCGAGGCUCAGCUGCAGUCGAGUACCGCAUCCUCCAGACUCGCAGGACUGGCGAAGAAGUUGGGCGACACAAUGGUGGGAAAAGCAUUCAUCAGAGUGCUUCUGCUCGACUUCACAUUGUUGAAGGCGGUGGGCCGACUGUUCAGACACUGUCCGCCGGGCUGUUGGACCGAGCCCAAACGCAACAGCAAUGGCAGGGCCGGCGGUGGCGCAGGCAGGUUCAAAGGUCGCAAUGCGAUUGGGGGCAGCGGAAGCGGUAGAGGUGGAGUGGGCAAUCCUUUCCCACCGCUCAAGGCCGGGAGGAGGACGGUAGUGGUGGCAGUGGUGGAUGGAAGUAUCACUACGUUGUUGCGGUUUGGAGAGUCUGAAUUUGCGCAGUGGGCGCUGUAUGGCACCACGCCGCUUCCCACGGCCACGUCUCAGAGUCAGAAGGAGGUCUCGGCGGCGGCUCAGAAGUGA